AUGCCCUCCACCAAGAAAGUCGGCACCCCCGGCCCCGCCAACGACAAGAUCGGCGGCGUGCCCACGCUCCACUACUUCGACUUCUUCUCCAAAGGCCGCGGCCAAGUCAUGCGGCUCUUCUGGGAGGACGCCGAGAUAGCCUACGAAGACAUCCGCUACACAUUCUCCGAGUUCCCGCAGCACAAGUCCAAAAUCUCCGACAUGAACCCCACCGCCAGCGUGCCCGUGAUCGAGCUCAACGGGCGCAUCCUCACGCAAUCCUACGCCGUUCUCCGACGCAUGGCGCGGCAGCUCGGCGCCUACGACGGCGAGACCGAGGAGGAGAAGUACUGGGCCGACGCCAUGUGCGACGUCGCCAUCGACUGGCGCACGCUCUUCGUCAUCGCGUUCCUGAGCCCGGAUAAGGAGACCGCGUAUCCGAAGCACAAGGAGACGGAUCGGAAGCGGUAUCUGGGCGCCUUGGAGAGGCAUUUGAGUAGUCAUGAGGCGAGUGUCAGGGGGCCGUAUGUGCUGGGUGACAAAGUCAGCUAUGCGGAUUUUGUGGUCUAUCAGAUUUGCCAUGAUGAGGAGUUGACCAAGAACGGGAGGGAGGGGAUGAGGGAGUAUCCGCGGUUGGUUAAGUUGGUAGAUGCGAUGGAGGAGAGGCCGAAUGUGAAGGGAUUUUUGGAGAGUGAUCGGUAUUUGGGGUAG